UGAGCGCAGUUGUGGGGCGUUUAUUUUAAGAAGCAAACGUUAAAUCUUUAAAUAAAACAUAUAUUUUUUGAAUGACCUCUUCAUAGAACAUCUAGUGUUUGAAGAGUACAUUGCAUCGUGAGGCUACGAAAAAUGCGAAAUUGCUUUGUUUACAAGUGCGACUGGAAGCACAAAGACAAUCCGAAGAGAGCCAUGUUUGUCGUACCAAAGGAUCCGGAAAAGUUCAAACUGUGGAGUGACGUACUACCAAAGCACCGGCGGCUGACGCACAACGACCGCGUUUGCGAGAAACAUUUCGACCCGGCCGACAUAGUACGCGACUGGUUACACGUAAUACGGGGAGAAACGAAAAAGUUGCAACGUUCCAAACCGUACCUUCGUCGGGAUGCUGUACCUCGUUAUUUUGAGCUGAGCGAGCUCGAAUUGGAUGCUAUUGCUAGGAAAAGCAAACGAAUGUCCGUCAUGCCGGGACGGAAAGUAGGACCAGUAGAACGGCAUUUACCAACCGAAACUCCACCCGAGCGCAGCCCACCACCGCAGUGUGAAUUGAACGAAAGUGAAGCGAGUUCCAUUUUUGAGGAUAUCUACGACAAUAUAUUCGAAAUUGAGCUUCCUUCUACACUUUGGGGGGUGCAUCGUGAUCCGGAGAGGAAAUAUAUUGCCUUCACCCGCUUCAAGCUACUUGAUAACCCGGAAUCGAGAACAUCGAGAACACUUUUGAUUAAAAGUACAUUAAAAUGCUGUGCCUGGUGUGAUUCUAAUUCCCUAUUCGAAGAUGACCUUCGCGCGAAAUUGGCCUCACAACAGAACGGCGAAGAACAAUCAAGGUUUGAAGUCAUUAGUAGUAUGUUAGAUUCAUUAGAACAAUUGAUAGGCGAAUCUCAAACCAAAUAGCACAUUACAACUAAGUCAACAAUGUAAGUACCAUAAUACUUAAUAUUUAAAACAUUGUAAAAUCGUAAAAAUAACAAAUCGAGGGCAUUAGGUGUUCGAGAAUUAACUAAAAAUAAACAUGAAAAACACUUUGAUGU